AUGAUACCACGACCAACAUUCCUGUUGCGGUACAUCCUACCCGCCAUCGCCAUUAUACUGUGUCUCGUCUACCUUAGUGGUACCGACUCCAUACUGCCUAGUGUUGACGUCGCCUCCCCUGGGCAGGUCACAAAACCCGGAGAGAAGCCCGUGGAGGUCCCCCAGGGUAAUGGCAACUCUGAUCACGUCGUCGAUCACAAGCCGGAGAACACUGUGAACACACCAGCGCCUCCUUCUGAUAAGCCUCCUUCCAAUGAGCCUCCCGUCCAUAACUCUCCUGCCAAUGAAGCUCCUGCCGCCGCGGUCCCUCCCACCAAACCCAACACCCCGCCUGCAUCUUCUGACAAGAGUGCUCUGAAAUGGAAGCCUGCCGAGUUCGCUACCGGUGACCACCCCAUCGACGCUCGCGUUCGAGCUGCCGAGAAGGAGUUCAGUGACAGACUAGUAAAGCAAACCCACACGCUUGCUGACGCUGCUGCCGCCUACCGUGAGCGUCGCGGCCGUCAUCCACCACCUGGCUUCGACAAGUGGUGGGCGUUUGCCAAGGAAAAGAAUGCCAUCAUCGUCGAAGACUUUUGGGAUCAGAUCUACCACGACUUGGAGCCCUUUUGGGCCCUCAAGCCGGCCCGUAUCCGCCAUGACGCUUAUGAUUUCGAAAUGCGUAUUUCUGUCCGUAACGGUCAGGCCUCGAGCGGAAGCAGCUGGUUCUGGACAAAGAUUUGGCUGGAUCUGAUCAAAACCAUCCAACACUUGGUUCCUGAUUUGGACAUUGCCCUCAAUGCCAUGGAUGAGCCCCGCAUGGUGGUUCCCUGGGAAAAGAUUGACGAGUUCAUGACGGCGGCGGACAAGACGAGGAAUAUCAAGGAUGGCGCGACUGUGGUCGAAAAGUACCCCAAGUUGCCCAAUGUUGAGGUCAACCCUGCUGAGGGCGAAGUCACGCCCAAGAAGGUGUGGGAGAACAAAAGCGGUAUCCCAAGUUACUGGGCCAUUGCUCGCCGCGGCUGCCCCCCUAACAGCUUAGCCCGCACGUCUACCCUCAUGACCGAUUUCGACCGCCGCCCGACCAUCAGCAACAACUUUGCCGCUCCGCAUACCGAGAAGGGAUAUGUGUCGAACUACACAUUGAGCACCCUAGUCUGUCACCAGCCUGAUCUUCAGGGGCUCAACGGCAUCUUUGUCGAGCCUCUAUCUGUCUCGGCUACAGAUACCCUGUUCCCCUUGUUUGGUGGCUCCAAGCUGGCCGUCAAUAACGAGAUUCUCCUCCCUGCGCCCAUGUAUUGGAAUGAAGAGGAGCGCUUCAUGGGUGACGCGGGUGCCGACGUGCCCUGGGCUGAGAAGAAGGAUGGCGUCAUCUGGCGUGGUGUCGCCACGGGAGGAAAGAACCGUGAGACGAACUGGCGCGCCUUCCAGCGUCACCGCUUCGUGGCCAUGAACAACGCCACCAAGCUGGAUCGCGCAGUCUCGUGGACCGAACUUCCAGAGAACUUUGACUUACCUCCAUCCGAGUAUGGCGUCAAGGCCCAACAGGAUGGUAAACUGGGCGACUGGGUCGAGGGAUGGUCUAACGUUAGUUUCGUUGACCUCUUCUGCACCCCUAAGCUGGAGAAGGACCUUGGAUGCAACUACACCAAUCCCCACUAUACCGUCACGCCAGGCAUGAAGAUGGCGGACCAGUUUUACUACAAGUAUCUCCCCGACAUUGACGGAAACUCCUUCUCGGGAAGAUACCUCGGCUUCCUGAGAUCGACAUCCCUACCUAUUAAGGCCACUGUCUGGAGGGAGUGGCACGACAGCCGGUUGACUGCCUGGAAGCACUUUGUCCCAAUGGACAACCGGUAUAGCGACUGGUUCGGCAUCAUGGAGUACUUUGUUGGCUAUGGUGACAAGGUUAAGGGCCAUGACCAAGUGGCCCAGGCCAUUGCUAUGGCUGGAAAGGAGUGGGCUGACAAGGCGCUCCGCAAAGAGGACAUGCAGGUCUAUGUCCUCAGGUUGCUGCUCGAGUACGCCCGGUUGUCGGCCGAUGAUAGAGAAGUUAUGGGUUGGGUUAGUGACCUGAUGGGUAGCAGCGGUACCAAGACUGCUGGUGCUGCCAGUUCGAGCCAACAACAGGCGGCCGCCGAGAUUAAUGUUGAUGCUUGA